AUGAAGACACCGUAUGCGGAUGAACUAUGUGCUCAACCUGAUGCUGCUCCUGGGAUUGCUGCCAUCAAAGCUGGUUGUUUUACUAAACAGAUUAAACAAGGAUUAAAACCAACUUUGGAAAUUUACUGUAAAGACAAACUACCUUUCCUCACCCAAAAAUUAGAAUCGCCUUUUGAUGGCAUGCCACAAUAG